AUGCUUACAAUUUUAACAACAGAAAUCCUCUACUUUAUUCCUGGAUAUCCUGAUGAUGGCUUUCUUCACGACUUCCGUCUUGAUGAAUUUUCUUCACGACUUCCGUCUUCUCCUACAAGGCAGCCUCCUACCUGGUGUUGUCCAUCCUCCUACUUGACUGUCGGAAGAAGAGUAUAUCUGCGAACGGUGAGUCGCAUGUUUUAUGGUUCCUCUGGUGCCCAAUCAUGUCGUAGGACGAAUGGUCCGAAUCGACACGGGUUACCAGUUGUAUACGUGGUUGACAAGCAUAGUGACCAUGGGUAUGAUUAUACCCAUGAGUAGUAACAUUUUUAUUGUUUCAUUUCAUUUAGUGUAGGCUAGGUCUUCUUGUACACCGCGUUUUAAUA